AUGAAUCAGAAACUUCGAAGAGGGAAGCAACCCACAGGUACUCCAUCAUUGGCGUGGUCAUGUGCCGUCGUCAUUGUUUCGAUUCUCGCCGGUGCCUCCGUCGUCCACAACAUCUUCAAGCCUAACUUGCGUUUGAUUCCCAAAACAGGGGACCUGGUCAGUUGCGGACACGAUUGGUUGGUUUUAAGCUUGCUGGCGUUUGCAAGUCCUCUUUCCAGAUAG